GGUCUAAAAUUGAAUCGAUAUUCAAGCACACACAAUACAUAUUGGCAUUAUAAGAAGAUAUCAAAAUAUUUAAAAGUUAUUUUAAUGGUUGCGUUGUGCGUUCAAACAAGUUCAAUAGUUCUUUGAAUGAAGAAUAAAAACAGAACGACAAUCGUUUUCGGAUCGGAUCUGACGGAUGUAAAAUGCGCCGAGCUUAAAUCCAUAUUUAUAAUAUUAUGAAUGGCAACACUUUUACAGUGGCCAGUGGCAGUGACGUUUAAUUGUCAAAAUCAAAUAAUUUUAAAAAACGUGAAAAAGGUUGUUUUAAUCGAUCGUGAUUUUAUUUAAAUAAAUUAUUUUUUUACCAUCAAAAUUCGCCAUGGUAUUCAUUUAGGAACAAAAAUUUUUGUGAAAAUAAAUUCGUGUCUGAAAUAAAAUAGAAUAAGGUAUGCUUUUGGUUACGUAAAAUUGAAAAUCAUUUUGUUUUAAAUUCGCGACUCUUUACAGGUGCAAAAAAAUGAGUUCCAAACAAACCCCACCACCAGUUCAGCAGUUCAAUUUGCUGCCGAAAAUUAUAAAUGGCGGCAUCGCCGGAAUUAUCGGCGUAUCUGUCGUGUUUCCCUUAGACUUGGUGAAGACUCGACUGCAGAACCAAACUGUGGGGCCUAAAGGAGAGAAACAGUACAAGAACAUGUUGGAUUGUUUCAAACAGACGUACAGAGCGGAGGGGUACUUCGGCAUGUACCGAGGGUCCGCGGUCAACAUCAUCCUCAUUACGCCGGAGAAGGCCAUCAAGCUUGCCGCUAACGAUCUGUUCCGGUUCCACCUCACAAUGCCCGAUGGAUCACUGCCAGUGAUUCGUCAGAUGGCUGCGGGUGGACUGGCAGGCGCGUGUCAGAUCGUCAUCACCACGCCCAUGGAACUGCUCAAGAUCCAGAUGCAGGACGCGGGCCGCCAGGCUAUAGAGGCCAAAAAAGCGGGCAGAAAGUUCGAGCGCAUAACGGCCAUGCAACUGACUCGGAACUUGCUCAAGGAGCGCGGUAUAUUCGGGCUGUACAAGGGCGUGUCGGCGACGGCCGCUAGGGACGUCUCCUUCAGUAUCGUGUACUUCCCGAUGUUCGCGAUACUCAACGAUCUCGGCCCCAAGGAACCCAACGCCACUUCGCCGCCGUUUUGGUGGUCGUUCCUGUCGGGAUGCGCGGCGGGCUCGACCGCGGCGCUGGCCGUCAACCCCAUGGACGUGGUCAAAACGCGCAUGCAGACCAUCACGAAGGACGGCCGCCAGUAUAACUCCAUCAUGGACUGCAUCACAAAAACGUUUACCCAAGAAGGCCCGACAGCUUUCUUCAAGGGAGGUGCAUGCCGUAUGAUCGUCAUAGCGCCUCUAUUUGGUAUUGCUCAAGCCAUUUACUACGUAGGCAUAGCAGAAAACUAUUUAGGCAUUAAAUAAUUUAAUAAUUUUAGAUAAAUUGUCGCCGUAUUUAAUUUAAUUACAUAUGUUAAUUUAUUUAGUUUUAGUGUGUUUUAUAUAGUCACGCCGUUUUUGAUUAUUCUCUGUUAGUAAAAGACGCACACGUACCUCACUGUGACUUUCUGUUGAGCAUUUUAGAUCAAAAGACUUGUGUUGACGACAUAUCAAUAAAAUUAACAGCGUGUUUUUUUUAGCUUAUAUUAAUAUCGGCAAGUGUGAAUUGGCUUUAAUAGUUUCAAUUUUUUUUGCGAAUAAAAUUAAUUAUUAUUUAGUUGCAAAUCUUAGUAAAUAGCUAUGAUAAAUUAUAGAUUUUUUAAAUUCUGGAUGCAAAACUUAAAGUUCAUACCUAAUGAUAAAAAACAUGAUGAAUAAAAAAUGUCAAUUAUCUGGUUAGGACAGUCGCAAAAUUGUAUUAGAAACAAUACAUCAAAAUACGUUUUUGAACAUUUUCAAAGUUAUUAUAUUUUAAACAAGUCUCAUGAAGAAACGUUUGCAGAAUGGAGUGACUUACAGCUUUUUGAUAAGAACUGAAAAUCAGCUUUAUUUGCUUUUACAUACGGUUGAAAGUAAUCAAAACGAGGAGGGUGCCAUGCACCGCUUUGAGUUUUCUUCGUGUUUGUUUUCAACCUUAUUUUGAAGUAAAUCAAUCUGACUUUCAGUUGUUUGAAAUGUUAAUUUACAAUCUAUUUAUUUAAUGAAUUAUAUUUAUUGUGUUUUUAAUUGAUAGAUGCCAGUUUGUAUGACCUUUUUUUUAGUAUAUUAAUAAUAAAAUGUAAUUAAAAUACAAAUAUAUAUUGCAAUAGACACAAAAUAUUAGUGCAAAGUUUGAUAAUUUUAUUUUAAGGCUAGGUUUUAUUAAUGACAAAUUUAUGUUGUAAGAAGUCUCAAAAUGAAUACUUCCAUAGUUAAUUUACCGUGCCUGUCUGUUUUUCAUAUGUAUGUGAAACUUAUGACAGUUCUUGAGAAAGUCAUAGUAAUACUACAAACACCCGACUCGACGCGUUGUUGCACUAUGGCAUGAUAGAAGUAAUAUUGCGUCUACAACAUGUUAUUUCUCAAAUUUGAUAUUUGAACAAUAACACGUUGUAGUCGCAAGCAGGCAAUAUUUCCGCAACAUCGUCUCCCGUCGCAUCGUUACCGUGACGUGGAAUAUAAACUUUGAUAUGGCCGCUGCGUUUUUAGUUCCAUUUGAGUAAUGGUGCAAACACAUCACUGUGUUGUAGUGUCGUGACAGAGGCAAUAGGAGAUAUAAAUUUUGUAUCGCGAUUUUCAAACCACAGGGGUGUACCCGCAUUGAACCAUACUUUUCAGGAGAUAUAAGCUGCUAAAUAAUUUUGCUUCUGUCACAAUCAUUUAUCAUAUCUCAAAGAGUACUUAAUUCAUUAUUUUCUUAAAAAGUAUUUCAACCAAUAACGAUAGAGGCUGUGCUAAUGCUGGAAUCGAAUAGCAUUUUCAUUAUUGUUUAUACCUACACCUCUAUGGUUUGAAGCUUUGAAGUAUGGUAGACCUGCACGCAUCUGUCGUGCUGAUGCUCGAGGCGUCCUCCUAUUGGUCCAUCGUCACGCUAAAUUGAGUUACAGCACAUCACACCAGUGUGUCCGCAGCUUACGUUAAAUAGCUCAAUUGUUUUUUUUUAUGUAUACAAGAAAAGCGUAUAGUGAAAGCUGUGAAAGUGAUAUUAUUUUUAGCUGCUGCUACAAUAAUGCAUAUCUCUAAAUUUUAAGCCUUUGACGAAGUAAAGUGAUUUUCUUAAGAACAGAUUAAAAGAGAGAAACGCACGAUUACUAUUGGAAACUCAACUGUAGGGUCUUCUAACACUGGCAAUUUGUUAAAGAGCUAGCUUGAUACGCAGAUGUCUCGUUCUUACAAUCUCGCUCUCUCACUCACACUCAUUGUAUAAUAUAUUGUAGAUCGCAUCGUCGCACUAGCAGCGCAUAAAUCGUCUCGCUAGAAACGCUCGAAAAUCGCCAAUAUUGUAAGGCUCUUAGAUUUAUAGUUUGACUUACUUUGACUUUACUCAGACUUAAGAUUGAGUUAAAAAGAGACAGAUUUAUGUGAGAGAUAUACAUCUGUCUCGUUUUAACUCUGUCCUAAGUCUAAGCAAAGUGUGAGUGCGCUCUAUAGAUCUCACCCUUAGGUUUGAGUUCUCUGUGUUAUUUAGGUAACCAAUUCCAUCCAUACAUAAAAUUUAUUAAAGCUGAAGUACCAAUUUAUAUGUUAUUUACAUAGAAAUCGGUGAAAAUACAGAUCGUUGUGAAUAUCUGUGGAAUAUGCAUUAUUGUAGUUUAUUACAAGUAGAUUUUGUUACCGUGUUUUUCGUUGUUCAAUGUACUCAAAAAUUAUUUGCUUUUAAACUUUAUGUUGUUAAUUGUUAUGCUUUAGUGCCCUGCUAGCUUAUUCUUAUGAUCGUGUGCAUUUAAUUUUGCAGGACUUAGAAGGAGAGCUUAUAUUUUAUUUAUUGCGUUAGACGUUGAGUUAAAAGUCAGGGUAGACAGAAUUUUAAACAAACUUUUCUACAGGUAUUUAAAUAUCGAUCUUACGAAAGUCGAAUAGAGCUCUAAUAAGUAUAAAGAUAUAAUUUGCUGUAGCACUUUUCUAUUACAAUUGAAAAGAAUCGAAUUAUAUAAGGUUAAUAUUUAAAUAUCCGCAGAAAAAUGUUCACAUGAGCGGUAUGACUGUUUGCGCUGACCCUAAGAAUAGAUUAAAAAUGGGUUUAAGCGUUUCCCGCAAUAAGUAAAUAGUCUAACAACAAUAUUGUAAGCUUAGCUAGAUAAAAAUGUUUAAAAUAUACAAUAGUGAAGUUUGGCUAGAAAGAAUAGUAUGAGAAAUAAAGGGGCGACAUAUUUUUUCGUUUAUGGCUCUUUAUUUUUUUUAAAUAAUUUGUGGCUGAUUUUUCUUUCGCCAAAUAUUUUUAACUGAGUAACGAAAUUGAUAUUUUGAUAGAUUUCCAGUAAAAAAAUACAAAAAUCUUUAUGAUGAUAUUUUGACUGUUUUUCUUUAAAAUUAUUUGGCGAUUGAAAAAUCGACGCUUAAAUAAUUAAAUGUAUGGAUUAUACACUUAUAGUGGUAUAUUAUAAAGCUUGGAUUAGAUCCCUGAAUUGAUAUAGAGCACUUUAAUAAAGUAAUUACAUUUCACAUAGAAGAUUUAUUUCGUGAGCGUAUAUGGUUUCGUUUUCACUGAAUGGGUGGGUUUCAGAAAUAUUGUUACCAACUAAAUAAUAUAUUUUUGGUAAUAGAAAUCAUUUGAAUUAAUUAUUAUGUUUGAAUUUACGGUAUAAAUCUUUUUUUUAAUAACAGCUGCAUAGCAUUGAAACUUGCAUAUUGAGUGUGAACUAUCAACGUGUCCUAUCUCAAAUUUUUAACAAUUUCAUGUUAUUUCAUACUUCGCAAGGCCAUAGUUUAAGACUGAGCAAGGCUGCACCUACACUGGCAACCAUAUACAAUCACUAUUUAGCUGAAGGAAGCAAGUUUUUCCUUCUUCCUGUAAGCUAAAAUUGAGGUAGUGUCGGUUGUCAGUUCACAGUCGAUAAUAAUUAUCUAACAUAUUGAAUUCACUUACUGUAAAAGCUUGAACUAAAAUACAGUGCGUACUUUUACGUAUAGGUUCAAUAAUUUUUUUUGGUUUACUGGAAAACCUUAGGAUUUACCGUAGUUCAAGGUUUUACAGUAGCAUUGCUGCCGGACGGCCUCGGCAUUUUCAUUCCAUAUUCAGGAGUAUAUUAUUCAUUAAUGUAUGUGUAACAUUAUUAUCGUCAUAUAAUUAUUGUCGUCUUGAUGUAUAACUGGAAGUAAUUCAUGAUAUCGAUGUUGUUCAAUUAUCGAUUUGACAAUAAUAAUAUUUAUAUCGAAUGUAAUAUCGUUGAUAUAGUUUGAUUACUAUAUAAAAUUGGCGCAACUCAAAUCGACAUAAAAACGAUUGGGAAGUGCCCAUUAUAUAUUAGAGAAACUCUAGUGGUAAGUGUUAUGUAUGCCGAUUUCCUAGAACCUUAGAUAAAAUGAUCAGUGUCAAUUGUCUUACCGCUUCGUCAUAGGUGAAAAGUUAUCAAGUGAUGGGAAUGGGAUGGGAAGCGUUGUGAAAUUCUUUUAGAAGUGACCAGUGGAAAUGUUAAUUGUAUUGGAAAAUGAUAAUACCCACUCGGCCUUUGAAAAAAUAAGACAGGGAUAAUUCUGUUUCAACUGCUUUUUAAGAUGGACUUUCGAAACGAGCAGCAGAAUAAUGAAGUAGUAAUAAAAUAAGUAUAUAAUAGUGAACACUAGAUUAUAGUGUAUUAAGGCCUCAUUUACACAAUACAAAUGUAUCCCCAAGUACCUAUCUGUUCACACGUAAAAAAGCGUUGUCGUGUAAAUGAGUUUUUCUUACACAAUCAAAAUCGGGGGGGGGGGGGGGGGGGGGGCUUUUGUUUUCAGGGCAGACAAGGAUACGAUAAUAAUGUCAUUUACUCCGCUCGUAUUAGUUGAUCUUAGGUUGAUCAUAAGUCGUCAGUCAUUUAACAGAAAUCCUCAACGCUUCGCAUUCGGUUCGCUUUUUGAUGUGUCCUCGUAAAGUAUAAGUUACACCGUCGAUUAUACCUACAUCCAUCCAGUGCGUGUUUGAAAUUGAUAUUUGUAAAAAAACCAUUUCAUUUUAGUGACAUAGCUUUGAAAGCCGAAACAAUUAAAUUGUUUAAAGCUAGUCAAUUAAAAGUUUAGAUUAUUUUUAAUCGCUUGUAAAUUGUAUACAAAAUUGUUUUAUGUGUGGAGAUUUUGUGCUGCAAAUUAAGUACCUACCUAUAUGACUUCCAAACAUUCUUUUCUAUUCAUUUUACCUAUUUGUUGUUUUACAAAUUAUGUGUAUUUAUUGUAUAACCGUGAAAGGUGUGUUUUACUAAUGCUUUUCCUUAUGUCCAAAAGACAAUAACUGUUAUAUUUUUAUUUCUAUUAUAAAUAAAUUACAAAUCAUGAAUGAUAAUAUAAUCUAAAGAAAAAAUAUAAACGUGUGUAAAAUCUAUGGUACCUACUGAUAUUACAUUAUAGUGAAGAAUAUAAGGAUUUAGAUGUUCAAAAUAAAUGAAUUUAAAAAUUU